UGGCGCCCCGAGAACUCUCAUUCAGUUGGCUUGCCCUAAAGCCUAGCUAGCACACCGCAGCACAGAUUUCUCGCAGCGCGGAGCGAUGAGGACGCCCCAGCCUCGUCCCAAAGCUGCUAAAUCCAGUAGCUCCGCGGCUGAAGACGAUGACAAGGGGAAGAAGCGGCUGGCCUCUACGGCCUUUCUGGAGGAUGAGAGCGUUUUGGAUCCCAAGGUCAUGGUCCCUUAUGUCACCAAAGUCGGGGAGAUCCCUCGCAAAGUUCAAGUGGAGAGAAAGAAGCGGCUCUAUGCUCUCCAAGAUGCUGGAGUGCUGCUGGCCGCCGAAGGUCUCGAGAAUCUUGAUCUGGGGAGUGAGACGGGUAGGCUGCCCUUGCAUUGGUUCGACAACACGGACUUUGAGACUCGACUUCCUUCCAACUGGAUCGACAAAGUCUCAGUUGUUUCUGCGCAAGCUGCGUACGUUAACUACGAAGGGCGGUGUGUUUGGAAACACUGCUUGGCUAUUGACUUCAUCGAAGAGAAUGACACUUACCUUGUCCAGUGGGAGGAUACUGGACAGACGUUGUGGUUGCCAAGGCAAUGAUGCUGGUUCACUUCAAAGCCGAAGAUCCUUUUCUGUUUACAAAACGUGUUGUUGCAGCAGUUAAACUUCGGGAG